AUGGCUUUCUCUAGAGAGAGAGAGAGGGUUCCUUUGUCUCUCUCCCAUGCCUUAAACCACCCACCUCUUUCUCUCUCUUCAAACUCCCUCAAAUUCAUCUCUUUCAUACCCAAUAAACACCAUGAGUCUCUCACUUCAAUCUCAGCCUCCACUUCACCUUCUGUCUCAACUCUCUCUUCCUCCCCAACCCACAAACUCCCUCCAGGCUUCACCCCAAAGCAGCUCCUCGACACUCUCCGCUGCCAAAACGAUGAAACCUCGGCACUUCGCCUCUUCGAAUGGGCCUCAAAACAGCCUAAUUUCACACCCAUUUUGUCAAUAUAUGAGGAAAUUCUUCGGAAGCUUGGACAAGUUGGAUCGUUUGAUUCAAUGAGGCAAAUCUUGGAGGACAUGAAAGUUUCCAAGUGUGAGGCCAUUGAAGGUACUUUCUUGAUUUUCAUUGAGAAUUAUGCGAAAUUCGAUUUGUAUAAUGAAGCUAUUGGUGUUCUUGAUGUGAUGGAACAAGAAUUCGGAUUGAAACCGGGCACGUUUACUUAUAAUUUUCUGUUGAAUGUUCUUGUUGAUGGAAACAAGUUGAAACUAGUUGAAAUUGUUCACUCUAUGAUGUUUAGUAGAGGAGUUAAACCUGAUGUUUCGACUUUUAAUAUCUUGAUAAAGGCUCUUUGUAAAGCCCAUCAAAUUAGGCCUGCGAUUUUGAUGAUGGAAGAUAUGCCUAACCACGGUUUGGAACCGGACGAAAAGACCUUCACGACCAUAAUGCAAGGUUAUAUCGAGGAAGGGAAUUUGGAUGGUGCUUUGAGAAUCAGAGAGCAAAUGGUAGCAGUGCAAUGCCCAUCGAGCAAUAUAACAGUUAAUGUUUUGAUUCAUGGGUAUUGUAAAGAGGGUCAAAUUGGGGAAGCUUUGAAUUUUGUACAAGAGAUGUUUCUUGAGGGAUUUUCGCCCGAUCAAUUUACCUUUAAUACUUUGGUGAAUGGUUUGUGCAAGUCUGGGCAUGUUAACCAUGCUUUAGAGAUUCUGGAUUUAAUGCUUCAGGAGGGGUUUGAUCCGGAUAUCUUUACAUAUAACACUUUAAUAUCUGGAUUGUGUAAACUGGGUGAAGUUGAAGAGGCCGUGGAAGUUCUCAAUCAGAUGCUUUCAAGGGAUUGUUCACCUAAUACUGUAACAUAUAACACUCUGAUUAGCACCUUGUGCAAGGAGAACCAAAUUGAACAAGCCACUGCAUUUGUUCGUGUUCUCACAAGUAAGGGAAUUGUACCUGAUGUUUGUACGUUUAAUUCUCUAAUACAAGGUCUCUGCUUGACAAGAAACCACAAAACCGCAAUGGAAUUGUUCUACGAUAUGCAAAAUAAAGGGUGCCAGCCUGAUGAAUUUACCUAUAAUAUGCUAAUUGACAGUCUUUGUUCUAAGGGAAAACUAGAUGAAGCUUUGGACAUGCUUAAAGAAAUGGAAUCAAGUGACUGCGCGCGAAGCGUAGUAACGUAUAAUACUCUGAUUGAUGGGCUAUGCAAAAACAAGAAAAUUGAAGAAGCAGAGGAGAUUUUUGAUCAGAUGGAACUCCAAGGGGUUUCAAGAAAUUUGGUGACCUAUAAUUCCCUUAUUGAUGGCCUUUGUAAGAGCAAGAGGGUUGAGGAGGCCGCCCAGCUUAUGGAUCAGAUGAUAAUGGAAGGACUGAAGCCUGAUAAGUUCACAUAUAACUCACUUCUCUCUCACUUCUGCAGAGCGGGCGAUAUAAAAAAGGCAGCAGAUAUUGUCCAAACCAUGACUUCAAAUGGGUGUGAGCCGGAUGUUGUCACCUAUGGAACCCUAAUACAGGGAUUGUGUAAAGCGGGUAGAAUUGAGAUUGCGAGUAGGCUCCUCAGAACUAUCCAGAUGAAAGGAAUGACUUUGGCCCCACAAGCUUAUAAUCCUGUGAUUCAAGCACUCUUCAAACGGAGGAGAACAAAAGAAGCCAUGAGACUCUUCAGAGAAAUGGAUGAGAAGGGUGGCCCUCCCGAUGCCAUCUCAUAUAAAAUUAUUUUUCGUGGGCUUUGUUGUGGUGGAGGACCUAUCAGAGAGGCAGUUGAUUUUGUAGUCGAGAUGACUGAAAAAGGAUUCAUACCCGAAUUCUCUUCUUUCUUUAUGCUGGCUGAGGGUCUUUGUGCUUUAUCCAUGGAGGACACAUUGAUUAAGCUUGUUGAUAGGAUCAUGAAGAAAUCAAACUUCUCGGACAAUGAGGUGUCAAUGAUAAUGGGGUUUCUUAAAAUCCGUAAAUUUCAAGAUGCAUUGGCCACUCUUGGCAAUAUCUUGAAUGACCGAAAGCCCAAAAGAGGUUACUGGUGAAGGAGGAAGAUAAAGCUUGGACUUCGAGCUUUUUUUUGACAUUGGAAUCUGGGAAAGGGACUGUUUUUUGAAAAUUUGGAUUUCUUUUGCAUCCACAGGAUGACAAAGUAUGAGCUAACUGAGAAAACUCCCUCUUCCAACUUUAGUUUCUUUUCCAGCAGCAAAGGAAUUUUAGGUGCUGCCCUCCCCUUGUAGUACAUUGCUUUAAUAUCUUAAGCAUACAUGAUAUCACUAUUCAACAAAUAUGCAUAAUGAAUGAUUUUCCUGCAAUUGGUUUCUUGAUGA